AUGGAAGGCGAAUAUUCAGAUUUAAGCAUUGAAGAAAAGUUGAGCGCAAUAGUGGCACCAAUUGAUCUUCUUCAUGCAGCGCAGCCUACACUCCUUCCUCUCGCUGUUUCGACUUCGUCUCUCUCUCUCUCUCUCUCUCUCUCGGUCUUUCUUCAUGCAGUGCCUCAACAACAAAACGCCAGCCCAGACCAGCCCAGGCUAGCGCUAGGCGGCCUAGGCGGGCACAAGGCGGGCGCUAGGCGGACUAGGCGGGUUAAUACUUACAAGACGUAA